GCCGCUGAAAUCCGGAAGUUUGGGCGGUGGUUGAACACAGCGGAAGACACAGCUGUCGAUCUCGUUUGGAAGCUCGCAGGUAAAGCCAAACUCAGCUAAAAUGUCGAGCAAAUGUCGCGCCAAGGGAAAGGCCACCAAGAAGCGCCCUCAGCGCGCCACCUCCAAUGUCUUUGCCAUGUUCGACCAGUCACAGAUUCAGGAAUUUAAAGAAGCUUUCAACAUGAUUGACCAGAACCGGGACGGUUUUGUAGAUAAGGAGGAUCUGCACGACAUGCUGGCGUCUCUCGGAAAGAACCCAGCAGAUGAUUAUUUGGAGGCGAUGAUGACUGAAGCUCCCGGGCCGAUAAAUUUCACCAUGUUCCUCACUAUGUUCGGAGAGAAGCUCAAUGGUACAGACCCAGAGGAAGUCAUUCGUAAUGCUUUUGCUUGCUUUGACGAGGAAGGAACAGGCUUCAUUCAGGAGGACUACUUGCGAGAGCUUCUGACCACCAUGGGCGAUCGCUUCACAGAUGAAGAAGUCGAUGAGCUCUUCAGAGAAGCACCCAUUGAUAAAAAGAGCAACUUCAACUAUGUGGAGUUCACCCGUAUUCUCAAACAUGGAGCCAAAGACAAGGAUGAUUAAACUGCAAACAAGCCCCGGUCAUCUUGCUUUUAAAAUCCCCUUUUAGGCUAGAGGAAUUCUGCGCUGUCCCAUGGGAACCUGACCUGAGCUUUAUUAUUGCAUGUAUGUGUAUGUGAGAAUUAAAGGAGCAUUCUGUAGAAAUCUCUUGGAUAAGACCUAAUAUAUGAAUGAGUUAUGAUGCUGAAUCAAGACAACGGUUUGGGAAAAGGUUGAGUCACUCUAUUACCAAAAUCCACCAUUGAACUGUGCACCAUUUUGUUUUUCUCUUUGUGGUGUUUGAAUUUGGUUACGGUGCAACGUUGACAUUUCAGUGUUUAUUGUUUUUUUGAUAUAUGCAAAUUGUAACAUUCCAGUGUAAUUGUUAGGCCUCAUGGUUAAUAGGUGAAGGUAGUUGUAUGGGUCUGAUGGAUCAUAACUUUUUCAUAUAUUUUGUCCAUGUCUAGUCUAUAAUGGAGUGUAACUUUAGUUUACUUCUUGUUAGUCGGUAAGUUGUACGAUCUCAAACCUCUAAGACAGGGUCUCAUUUCUCUUUGUUAAAGACUAAAAACAAAAAUAAAUGUGAAAGUGUUACGUUUUAGGUGCAUUCAAGGCCUGAGCUAACUGUAUUUUUACAUUUCAUAAUAAACGAUAUUUUGAAUAAAUGACUUAUUAAACAAUGUUUCUUGUGGGCUUUGCUUAGUUGAUGUUAACAUUGUAAUUAUGUUCACCAGAUGUUUUGUGAAGGUUAGUAACUAUGGUCUACUACAUCUAUUUAAAAGCACAUCUUGAGAGAAAAUGUUAAUGCAUCAAAAAGCAAAGCCAUGCGCCCUAUUGAAAAACUCAAAACUUGCAACACCCGUCCAUUUGGAUUUAAGACUGAUGUGCUGCUUUCUUACAUGCUCUCAUCAUUGUGUCUGUUUUCUUACUUUUACUCUCUCAAUUUGAAUCUUGAUUUUCUGUCUAGAGCAUUUAGACCUUUCAGAAACAUGUUGAAUUAUUAUUUGUCAAUUCAUGCUUGUACAAUGAAGAUAAACUGUAAUAAAAUUUGGCAUAAAUAA